CCCUUGUAUCGUCUAUCUCCUCACGCCUCUGCGCCUCCAUUCUUGCCAGCGUAUACGUAGACACUCCGCAUCGUGCAUCGUCUUGCCCUAGGCACCGUCGACGAUCAUGCCUUCAGACGCCUAUCAGAUCUUCAAGGCCACGUAUAGUGGGAUACCAGUCUACGAAAUGAUGUGUAAGGGCGUCGCUGUAAUGCGCCGUCGAGCCGACUCGUGGCUGAACGCGACUCAAAUUCUGAAAGUCGCUGGAUUCGACAAACCGCAGCGUACGCGAGUGCUAGAAAGGGAGGUGCAGAAGGGUGAGCACGAGAAGGUGCAGGGUGGAUACGGGAAGUAUCAAGGGACAUGGAUCCCUCUUGAACGAGGACUGCAACUCGCAAAGCAGUAUAACUGCGAUCAUAUUCUUCGACCCAUCAUUGAAUUCCAACCCGCUGCCAAGAGUCCGCCACUAGCCCCCAAACACCUAGCGAACAACAACACCGGCCGGCCUGUUCGUCGCACAGGAACCGAGGUUCAUAAACCCGUGGACGUCGAGGUCGAUUCGAUUGCCGAUAUUGUUUCAACACGCGGGUCCGACGAUGGCUCCAUGACACCUUCACCAUCUGAGGCUUCUUCGAGCUCAAGAACGCCUUCGCCCUUAGGCAGCGCGUCCGACGCUGAACAUGCAAGUCAUGGAGGAUAUAACGGUGCUGGAGAAGAAUGGUCUCCGAGUCCUGCGGGUGGUCGUAGACGGCGUUCAAGACGAUUCCACGACGAUGAAUCGGACGGCGAGGCUCCUUACUCAAACGGGGUAGACACGAGAUCUUAUGGCGACCAAAUCCUGGAAUACUUCAUCUCUGACCAGAAUAAGAUACCUGAAAUCCUUGUCAACCCACCGCCAGAUCUCGAUCCGAACAUGGCCAUUGACGAUGACGGCCACACCGCGCUCCACUGGGCCUGCGCCAUGGGUCGUAUCAGGAUUGUCAAACUUCUUCUCACCGCCGGUGCCGACAUUUUCAAAGUGAACAAGGCAGGACAGACGGCCCUCAUGCGCAGUGUCAUGUUCGCGAACAACUACGACGUACGGAAGUUCCCCGAACUAUACGAACACCUCCACAGAUCGACGCUCAAUAUCGACAACGCGAAUCGAACAGUGUUCCACCAUAUCGUAGACGUCGCGAUGUCGAAAAACAAAACCCACGCGGCACGAUACUAUAUGGAGACUGUCCUCGGCCGACUCUCAGAUUUCCCUCGCGAACUGGCGGAUAUCAUCAAUUUUCAGGACGAAGACGGCGAGACGGCGCUCACUAUGGCCGCCCGGUGUAGAAGUAAACGAUUGGUCAAAAUCCUCAUCGACCAUGGCGCCGACCCGAAGAUCCAGAACCGAGACGGUAAGAGUACGGAGGACUACAUCCUUGAAGACGAACAGUUCCGUGCGUCGCCCGUCAUACCUUCACGAGCCCUCGCUAUGUCCUUCCGCGCGCAACAAGCCGCGUACCCACCCCUACCGCUCCCGCCACAAAACUACUCGUUUGCCCCUUCCCAUGGCGACAAGCCACCUCUGCACUAUUCCGUCGCCGCGCAGAAAGCGAGCACGCGCAGCAUUAAUGACAUGACGAGCAUGCUGGACAGUUUGGCGGCCUCGUUCGACCAAGAGCUUCGGGAUAAGGAGCGCGAUUUGAACCAGGCCCAUGCGUUGUUGAGUAAUAUUCAAGCGGAGAUUCUGGAUAGCCAAAGGUCGGUUGGGCAGCUGAAGGUGCAGGCACAAGGUAUACAGGAGGCGACGCAGACUUUGAGUAAGCUGGAGGAAGAGUUGAGUGCAAAGAUGGGGAAGAGAUAUCGACUGGGCUGGGAGAAGUGGGUGAAGGACGAAGAGGCGCGGGAGAAAGUGAUCAGGAAUAACGCAGGAGGCGAACUUGCGUUGGUUCCAGGAUCGCAGGUGUAUACUGCUGAUGACCAUAUGGAGCCUAUCGGUAUGAAUGGAAGUGUAGACGGGAUUGGGGAGAGCAGGUUGGGAAAGAGGAAAGCGCCCAUUCAGGAGGAGGUGAACGACUUGCUAUCGUUAUACGCCGAGAUACCGUCGGAUCCGGAGGCCGUGAAGGCUGCAUGCAAGGCCUCGAGGGAAGAUAUAGGACGGCAUAGGAAGAAGAGAAAGGAGAUGUUUAACGAGCUCGUGGCGUUCCAGGCCACGGCGGGAACGGGCGGACGUAUGAACGACUACAGGAGGUUAAUUGCAGUAGGCUGUGGAAUCCCACUUGCAGAGGUUGAUGGAACUGUGACCAUGAUGUUGGAGUCUUUAGAGUCAGAGGAACCAAGUUCUACCUCUGUUGCCUGGACCGGCGGUCCAGUACAUCCCUCUAAAGCAAUUGCUGUGGGAUCUUAACUAUUGCACCCAAGGUCCUUGGGCAUGUCAAUACGAUCUUUCUCAGCAUAUCGAUACCACUGUACUGCCAUGUCAUGUGUGUCUAUAUGGUCGAUAUGGAGUUGUUACGACAUAAUAUUUUGUAUUUAU